CUAGACGGAUCAUUCUAGUUUUCUGUGGUGGCAGAUUCUCACUUUACUCAAACUCCACCCAGUCCCACCCUGUAAACAUUCAUGGCUGUUCACCAAGUUUACUGAUCUGUGUGACAUCUUUUGCCAAGCACUGCCCUCAGAUUGUCCCAUAUCCUGAAGUGAAGAACAGUUGAUAAAUCUUUGGAUGCACACCUUGACCAUCUGCUUAAUGACAGUCUGUAACCUUCUACUACCAUGGCUUCCAAAGUGGCACUUACUUCAAACCCAGAGAAACUAGAGGUCAUGAAGAAAGUCCCUGUGCCUGGUUGAGAAGAUCACUGAGGUCGUAGUUGAGAAGUAAGGGAGGCAGCAGUUGGUUGAAAGGUGAAUGGAAACACGGAGGAACACAACACCUGGGGUUCUGAACAGGACCCCGGCCCCAGUCUGUUCCUCAGCCACCAGCACCGCAAUGUCUGUCGAUGAUGCUGAUGAGGAGGAGGAGGCCAACAGAGAGUUUGCUAGUCAAAUGGAUGAGAAUGGAAUCAUUGGGCUGUCGGGGGCAUUGGACUAUGUAGAUCUGGAAGAAAGUUGCUGUAGAUCAUCCACCCGAGAGGAGGCUGACCCCAAUGACCAUUUGAGGGAAACACUUCAUGAGGAGAUGAACUUCAGUGGACGUCCUUACCAGACUGAAUCAGAAGGGGAAGAACACCAAACACAGCCAUUCCAGGGUGAGAAAGAUGGAGAGGAAGAAGGGAAGAGGACUGACAGAAAUAAAGAGGAAUAUCAUCUUGACAAUACAUCAGAAUGUUUUGAGUAUACACAUUCUUCAACUAAAGGUUUCAUAAGCAAAAACACUACAACUCCAACGCCUCGUUCCCUCACCACUGACAGGAAAGAGUCCUCUAAAUCCCAUCGGCAGAACAAAAUUUGUGACCCAGAACUAAGGACUUCCAAGGUCACUUUGAAUGCUGAUGAAGAAUCCAGAAAAGGAUGUCUCAGUUAUCACACACCAGACUUCUCCUGGGUGGAGCCCAGGGUUCGUUUCCCCAAGGAUGGCUAUCAACCCCCCAAAAGCAAGCAUUCAUUAAGAGGGAGGUCUCUGUCACCUGAGCCCCCAUUGGUGUUUAAAUCCCCAGCUGAUAUUGUGAAGGAAGUGCUGCUGAACAACAGUGAUGAGACUUCCUCUCCAUCAGCUGCUAAGGUUAACCUGCACUCAGACCCUCCGAUGGCGGGCAGCUCUGUACCUUCAGAACUGAACCACAAUGCCUCAAAGCUCCUUGAGCUGAAUUAUUCUCCGGCUCACAAAGCUGAGAUGAGCUCAGCCGAUUCUCAUCCAAAUGGACACAGCGCUCCUCAGGACAGCCCAGAUGGAUUUCCUUCUACCAGAGGCCUGGGACAUGUUCUGUCCAAUCAGGCUGACAAGUUUCUUCAGCAGGUGCAGACUUUUGAGGAUUUCCUUAAGAGUGAAAAACUCAGGCCUCAUGAAAAAAUUGAGGCUCUCUCUCAGCUUACUGAGGGGCUAAACUCCUUAGAAAGAGGCUAUCUUUUAAUAAGGGAUGAAUAUAAACUACUGCAUCAGGGAGGAGCAGAAACUUGCUGCUUUGACCCCGAACGGGAGUUGGAGGGACUGAUCUUUCAGUGUGGGCUGCGUGUGGAUGAACUGAAGGAGCAGGUGGAGCCUGGAAGGCAGGAGGCUUCUGGCUCUUCACCGCCUAAGCCCAUCUCCUCAUCUGACCCAAAUGAGGAGGAAGAAACCCCAUCUUAUUCACAGAGCCAAACUGUGUCCUCGCAAGAUGGCCAAGCAGAGGCGGCGCAGAGCUUUGCCUUUAAAAGUAGUUCUGAAGAGGAACCAGAGGAUAAAGAUACUCUCCAGCUUUUCUAUCGCAGACCUCUGAUCAACAAACACAGACGAGUUGUGCCAGACAUCUCAGCGGAUCACUUUAGGGAACGUCACAAAAUCCCCUUCUCUGCUGCUUUGAAAGUUAUUGUGAAGCACAAGGCCGAGAGAGAAGAGCAGCAAGGUCAGAAGGCUACAGACGAAGUCAGUAAAACUCCCUCAAAAAGGAAUGCAAAAUACCAACAUCAGGACCCUCCAAUGGACACCAGCAGGCAGCGGAGCUCAAGGUCCAGCCCUCCUCUGUUCAGCCAGUCAACCAUGCUGCCUGUUCUUCCUUCUAGCUGCAGAAGGAGCUCAGAAAUGAGAAGGUCCCACAGCAGCAGUCUGAGUAGCAUAGCAGAUCUCGCAUCAGAGAGGAGGAGCUCCAUGGCUCAAAAGGGCAGUAAAAGAGCACUCUCUCAGGAUGGAAUAAUCUCUCCAGAGACUGACAGUGGGUUUGUGGGUUCAGAGAGCUGUCUUCAGAUUUCCAGUGUUCUCCACCAGAGGGCCCCAGAGAGUUUAUCUGUGUUUGGAGAGGACAGGAGAGCUCAGCAAAGCCCAGCCGCUGUUGCAUCUCCUUCGUCCCCAUUACUGAGACGCAUGGCCGAGGAGCCCAGAGCAGCCUCCCAGCUCAGUUCCCACCUGUCCAUAAGAGUCAGACAGAAGGGGCAGAGGAGACGCAGACUGACGUCCCCUCCUCAGUGCUGGAACAGUCCCAAAAGUGUAACCAUUCACACUGGGUCUGAGGUAGAGCAGAGUGACCAGUACUCAGACUCCAGCAAUUCUCUCCAUAGCACCCACUUAAGCUCCUCGCCAGCAGCACGCUGUCACCAUGAAGAUCGUCUGAGAGCAAUGAGCUUUAGUCAAGUUGCAAAUUGCAACGAUGCAUUCUUUUCACUGCAAGCUGAGUUAACCAGACUGAAUGAAAGACUAGAAGGCUACCUGACAGCUAUGAAGCCUGUCAGUGCUUUGACAGAAGCUCCUUCAGCUGAGAAGAGUUUUUCAGCUCGCAAAGGGUCCACACAACAGAGAAGUGAUGUCAGUCCAGAAGGAAGAGGAACCUGUAUAGCAGAUGACAGUGAAGAGGAGUCAACAUUAAGAGAUACAACAAGGGAGGGGUCAACUUCUGUACCACAGCAUCGUAUCUUGACAGAGUCAGCACUGCAGCCCUCAACACCAAAGCCUCUGGCCUUGGCAUCCAGAUAUACUCAAACAUCUGCAGCACCAGACGGCUGCUGUUCAGCUCCUGCCUGCAGCACAAGGAAACAAGCCCGACAGCCCUUUGUGUCGGACAUAGCAGAUGAGCGUGACAGCGGAGAUCAAAGUUUUCUUUGUCCUCGUUGCUUAUCAAGUCUCAGAGGACCUGCUGAUCGACCAGGAGGCGCUAGCGGACACCCAACAUACUGUUGUCAUCUAUGCUCUUCAAGUGGAUUUCCAGAACCCCACAGAUGUACUGAAUCAGACUUACAAAAAGAAGGAUCAUACAAACACCUAAACCACCGAACAGCCAGGUCUCCUCGGAGAGCCAGCAGCAGAUCCUGUGCAGGUCUACCUCUGAUGUCAGUGUGCCCAUCUCAGCUCCUGUUGUAUUCCUCACCCGUUAUACUAUCUCCUCACAAACUUGAAGACAGAUCCACAGGAGUGAGCACCACUGGGAAGAGAACAGGCAGGGUGAAGAGCACAAGUGUGUCAGUAGACAAACGCAACUCGGCGGAUAGCUCUCUGGACAGAGCCAUCAAAGCAGCCCAGCAUAUGAAACUCACCUCCAGACACAUGGCUUACUCUCUGGCUACAGGACUACGGUAUCAGGGGCUGCUGACUUAGUCCUAAUCUGAAGUGUCAACUUCACCGAGACCAAAAAAAAGAAAAAAAGAACUCUGCAGAAACACAGUGAAUAAAAACACAUAAUAAGCUUAUUUUGUAAUGUUUUUUUUCUUUUUUUUUUCUUAGUUAUUUUUAACUGUAACUCUAUGUUAAGUGACCAAACAUGAAUAUGUUGAAUUAGUUUUAAUAUUUAUAGGAGCAGAUGUGCUAGCAUACAUUUAAAUAGGUCAAUUUUCAGUGAUGAAGUACUGUAGAUCAUAUUGAUUUUCCUCUACAUAUAAUAUAGAUAAGUGUUUUCGUCAUUACAAAUAAAUAUUUAACUUAGAUUUUGCAGCUUUUUAAGUUUGUGCUGUAUUUUAGGUUUAUUAUUGUUGGAGUUACUGGUUUUGUAGAAGUCAAAAUUACAUUUUCAGUGAUUUUUCUUUUCUUUUUCCCACUGAUCUGAAGCUGUAGUAGUGUGCUUUAUUUAAACUAAUGAUUCUGUCAAACCUCAGGCUUAAUAAGUCAUAAGGGUGAUACUGUGGUAGAUAUUAUUGAAAAUGUACUAUUUGUAUACCUGAAGUCUUAAGCUUUAUUUGAAAAUUGGAAAACCUGUUGUCAGAAAUGCCAUAUAGAUCCAAAUCUAAAUCAACUUUGUACUAAAAUAUUUAACACUGACACUGAAACAGUAAUAGUUGUUUUCAUUCUGUCAGCGCCUACCUCACCCUUAACCUGUAAACCGAGGAGUUCCUGUGAUGUAUAUUUUGUUUGACUGAUCUGAAGCCAUCUUUUGCCAUCUAUUGAUGGUGUGCAUCUUUUAUACGUUUUGCAGGCAAUUAUUCCAUGUUUCUUACAAACCAAAUAAAAU